AUGCAUAGAAAGAGAUUAAAUUUCGAAUCACGUAGCAUCAGUUUUCAAUCUUCAAAGCACAAGGAAAGUUUCAAACGAAACAGUGUUCGAGCACUUAAAGAUACCGACCGACGACCGGGAGGAUUUGAAAUGAUUCUUGCAUCGAUUGAUGAUUCUUUUGUUCUUCUUUCUGAUUUAAUUGCUACUACUUCUGCUGACAAUUCAAAUUUAAGAAAUCUUGAGCAACAUCAUAAGUUUUUUUCUGCUAAUCUUACUGAUAAUAAUCAAAAUUGUAUAAUACAGAAGAAUGAUAAGAAAGUUGAUAAUUGUAAUGAUUCGAUUGAGAAAUCUUUGCCACAAUCAGAAUCUCUAAAAAUAGCAAAAAUUGAUUUAACUGGAGAAGAGAUUAUACAAUGGAUGGGUGGUUUACCAAUAAUCAAUCCGAAAAAGAUGCUUGCAUAUUUUUGCGGUGGAGAAAAUAGUCAAGAAAGGAAUAAAUUUUUGCCAAAUUGUGAACCAUAUAAAAUUUUCUCUCUUACUACUCAAAAACAACAGUUUAAUGAUCAAACUACCGGAAAUUUAAUCCGUGAGGUUUGUUAA